ACCGCUUCUCUUCUGGGAGGUGGACGAUUCCAAUUCCCCUUGAUGUCCUUGGGUCUCCUACGGAAGCUACCCAUUUGGCAAAGCUUUGAAACGUGAAUGAGAACCACAAAGGGACACCAAGUCAUGACCGAAUGCUAUGAUGUCGUCGUUGUAGGCGCUGGCCCGGUAGGGCUCAUGCUGUCAACAUGCCUCUUGCGCUUGGGGCCUUACAAAAUUAAACAAAUUGACCAGCGGCCCUUCCCGACAAAGACUGGGCGCGCUGCUGGGAUCCAGGCGCGUUCUCUCGAUGUGUUGCAGAAUCUGGACCUCAAACGUGGCAUCAUGUCAUAUAACCCAGGCCGAAUCUACGAGGUUGCCUUCUGGGACACUUCCAAGGACGAGCCGGGGAUUCGACGAACGGGGACAGCGAAAACUUAUCCUGAUUACAUCGAUACGAGACAUCCGUUCUCUACCAUUCUCCACCAAGGCCGGAUCGAGAAAAUAUUCCUGGAUGAUUUGAGGGAGCGAGGGCUUGAAAUCCAGAGAACCUGGACCAUUGCAGGGUUUAGGAAUGAGCCGUGCAGAGAGUAUCCCGAUCACCCACUGGUAGUGGACAUCGUCAGCGUGGACGGGAGAGAAGGUUCAACUGUGCGAACAAAAUAUUUAUUUGGUGCAGAUGGGGCGCGAAGCCGGGUCAGGGAUCUUCUCGGGGUGCCGAUGUUGUCGAAAGAUCCAACAAUGCAUGUGUGGAGUGUCAUUGACGGGGUGGUAAAAAGCGACUUUCCGGGUAUUCAGAUCAAAUCUACCGUCCAUUCCUCCAAAGGGUCCGCCAUGAUAAUUCCCCACGGCAACAACGUUGUCCGUAUUUACGCUCAGAUGUUUCCGGAGAAGGGACAAGAGCCCCUCACGUUCGCGACAGUACCGAAAAUCCAGCAGGCAGUCAAUGAGGUUCUUGCUCCGUAUAAAGUGAAGUGGGAAAAAGUGGAGUGGCACUCUGCAUAUCGAAUCGGACAAGGGCUCGCCUCAAGAUAUACUCUCGAUGAGCGAGUUUUCAUCGGAGGAGAUGCAUGCCAUACGCACAGUAGCGCUUUCCUACAGCCCAAAGCCGGCCAGGGAAUGAAUUACGGCUUCCUAGAUGCACACAAUCUCGCAUGGAAACUACACCUGGUCGAAUGUGGCUUUCUCCGGCGCUCCCUUCUAAAGACCUACGAAGGGGAACGUAAGCUUGUAGCAGCAAAGCUCCUCGAGUUUGAUGCGACAUACGCGAACUUGUUCAGUUCUCGCCAGCCCGCUGGCGCGAAUAAGGCUGCGCCGAGCUCGGAGUUUGUCCAGGUAUUCAAGCAGAACACGUUCUUGACGAGUGGCUACGGGGUCGAGUAUCCCGUUAAUAGUUUAACUUGGCCUUCAACUUCUACACCAUCUAACUCGACCGCUCUGCGUCCUGGUCGCAGCUUUCCCACCGCAACUGUUACAAGAGUCAUCGAUGCCCGUCCCGUCUACCUGGAGCAGGAGAUCCCCUUUAACGGUAGCUAUCGCAUUUACAUCUUUGCGGGAAAACCUGCAAUUACCUCAAAGGCGAUUUUCGAUCUCGCCGAAAAUCUACAGGCCAAGAGCAGCAUAUUUCGCCGAUAUCAGCGGAACGUUGAUACUUCGUAUGAAGGACGACAUAACCCUCACUCCACAUUCUUCACCUUUUCGCUGGUUUUCCACGCACCGCGAUCGACGAUUGAAAUCCAGGAAUGUCUUCCGGACUAUUUUGCCUGCUAUAGGUACCACAUUUACGCGGAUAAUCGCAAAUUGUCGCAGAGAGGUGAAGCUACAGAAGGCAACGCUCAUGUCAAAAUGGGCUUCGACGCAGAAAAGGGUGGUAUCGUCGUCGUGCGUCCCGAUGGGUAUGUGGGAUGUAUCCUUGAUCUAAGUGAGGGGAGAACGACUGCCUCGACUUUUAAUAGAUAUUUCGAGGCGAUCGUGCCAGGAAAUGAGCACGAUACUGUGUCGGCAAGGUUGUAG